AAACGAUGACGUAACUGGACCAACCUAAACCAAACCUUAAUUAUUCUCUGCAUAUAUACAGACAUAACUCAAAUUUCAUUACAUUAUUGUUGAAUUACUAACUGACUAACUGUUCAAUGACUUCUAGAGCUCCAAUCACCUUCCGCCACAUCGUUACACGGCCUCUUCGUUCUCACCGAGUUGACACUUCACUACAGCCUAAUAAUUUCCCGCCGGAGAGAUAUUCCGACCUCGGUCAAAGUCGUGGAGAGCUCAUUUCGGUUCCGGAAAUGUUUGCUUCAAGUGAAACAGGGGCGUCGGCCUCACAGAGUAAGUUAACGAAGUUGCUGCUGAAUGUGAACAUAGAACGGAGCUUAGGGCCGGUUCAGGUGAUCAUGGCGCCGGAGAAUACCGUUAAGGAUUUAAUUAAGGCGGUUAUAGAGAUUUAUGUGAAGGAGAAAAGACGGCCAUUUUUGAUUAAUUCUAAUCCUGAUUGCUUUGCUCUUCACUACUCUCAGUUCAGCUUCGAAAGUUUGAAGGCUGAUGAGAAGUUAAUAAAUUUGGGAUCCAGAAAUUUCUUUAUGUGCUUAAAGACUUCAAACACCAUCACUACUUCUUGCUCAAAGGAAGCAAAUUUAGCUAAUAAAUCUACAUUUUAUUAGUUUAUUUCGUUAA